GAGCUUUGAACUUUCACUCCUUUCUUCACAUUUCCGAUAAAAUGACUUCCACGGUUCUAGUUACUGGAGCCACUGGCCUCCUUGGGCGCCAGCUAUUCACCACCUUCCAGCGCUCGGGAGUCCUCGUGGUCGGGCAGGGACUCACUCGUGCUGCCCCUCCAACCAUCCUCAAGGCGGACCUGGAGAAGGCAGAGGAUAUCAAGGCUCUCCUGAAUGAGGUCAAGCCUCAGAUUGUCAUUCACAGCGCGGCAAACCGAUUCCCAGACCUGUGUGAGAAGAACCCCGAGCAAGCGCGCAAGGUCAAUGUUGAGGCUACUCGUGCCCUGGCUGAAGAAUGCCAAACUCGCGGGGCAUUCCUCGUUUACAUUUCGACCGACUACGUAUUCUCUGGAAAGGAGGGCGAAGCUCCCUACGAAGCCGAUGCUACCCCCGAACCUCCAAAUAUCUAUGGCCAAUUGAAGCGCGACGGUGAAUUGGCCGUCCUCGAGGCUACCAAGGAGUCGGGACUGGGCGUGGUCCUGCGCGUGCCGGUGUUGUACGGUACCGCGAAGUCAAACUCGGAGAGUGCAGUCAACGUUCUCUUCGACGCCGUCAAGAACGCACAGGAUGAGAAUGCCGGUGUUAAGAUGGACGAUUGGGCCCAGCGGUAUCCCACCAACACUGAAGAUGUGUCCCGCGUGGUCCGUGAUAUCGUCAUUAAGUAUCUGAAGCAGAAGGACCACAUCAAGGAGCUACCGCAUAUUCUGCAAUUCAGCUCCGAGGAUCGUAUGACCAAGUAUGAGAUUUGCGAGAAACUGGCCGAGGUGCAGGGCUGGUCCCUGCCUGGAAUGAUCCGCAACAAGCAGGGUAAUGAACCUGGAGGUGUGCAGCGGCCCUACGACACGCAUUUGUCUACCAAGGCGCUGGUGGAUUUGGGCAUCGAUGUGAGAACCAUGGACUUUAUUGCCUGGUGGCGGAGGGAAUUGGGCGCGGUCCGACACUGAGAAAAACCAUUGAUCUAGACGAAGGAACCAAUGGCGAUAUAUCAGACUCUCAGCUGUGGCUAUGUAGAAAGCAGCUAAUUUGGGACCUUGUGCCACGCCAUUCCUCGUAGAGUUAAAAAACCAAAUCGACUACAUACCGCUCAUCUGAAAUGGCCAUGGACGUCAAUAUUCCUUUUACAGUGGUAGUUCAAAAGCCUGAG